UUUAACUAUUCGUGUACCAAAACAGUUAGUUCGAAGCAGAACUCUAUUGUGUAAAGACGUUUUCAAUAUUAUCGGUAUGGAGGUGUGUUUUACUAUCAACGAUCGUGAAUUUAAAGUUUCAGAACAAGAUGUACCUCCCGAAACGACGCUCAACACCUUCAUUCGAAAUCACGCUCAUCUCAGUGGAACGAAAUUUAUGUGCCGGGAGGGUGUAUGUGGGGCUUGCAUAGUUAAUAUGCGAGGAAUACACCCGGUCACUAAAGAGAUAACUUCGGUUGCGGUUGCUUCUUGUCUGGUUUCGAUAUUUUCUUGCCACGGGAGAAACAUUCUGACGGUUGAAGGAAUUGGAUCAAAACACGAUGGUUACCACCCCAUUCAGCGAAGGUUGGCUCUUCUUAAUGGUACCCAAUGUGGCUUCUGUACGCCCGGGUUCGUGAUGAGCAUGUAUAGUAUGAUGACACCAGGAAGAAAUUCUUCAGAGCUUUCAAUGGAAGAAAUUGAAAAUCAUCUGGAUAGUAAUAUCUGUCGAUGUACAGGAUAUCGUCCGAUUCUAGAUGCAUUCAAAUCUUUUGCUGUGGAUGCUGACGAACGACUCAAAACAAUGUGCAGUGAUAUCGAAGAUUUGGAGAAAGUGUGUGGGAAAGACGAUCGUCGGAAUUGUUCUGUGAAAUGUUCCUUCAAAAAUAUUCGUGAAGAUAAAAAGUCAUUGAAGUUAAAAUUCAAAAACGAAACGGUAUGGUACAUUGUCAGUACCAUCGAAGAAAUAUUCGAAAUAUUCAAGAGUAUAGGAGAACGUCAGUAUACAAUCGUGGCCGGAAAUACUGCUCGUGGUGAAUAUCCAAGUGCUGAAGAUACGAAAAUAUUCAUCGAUAUCAGUUCUGUGGAAGAAUUGCAUAAGUACUACAUCGGAAACGAGUUGAUAGUUGGUGCGAAUGUCUCUCUGAGCGAAUUUAUCAAAAUUUUACGUUUAGCCGCGUGUAGUGAUUCUCGAUACAAGUACUGUAAUGAACUAGCAAAACACGUAGAAAAGAUCGCAAACACUGCGAUACGAAACAUUGGAACAGUAGCUGGAAACUUAUUCCUCAAAAAAGAGCAUCGCGAAUUUCAAUCCGAUUUAUAUCUUAUACUGGAAACUGUGGGUGCUCAGCUAACAAUUGUCUCCAGGGAUGGUUCCUUGGAGCAAGCUCUUCCAGAACAGCUUAUGGGCCUGGACAUGCAUCAGAAGCUGCUGACCUGUAUUCUUCUACCAGGUUUGGAUCCGGUGCGGUACAUUUUCCGCUCCUACAAGUUGCAACCGAUAGCUCAGAAUGCAAAAGCGCUCGUAAGUGCAGCGUUCUUGGUGAAAUUGGACCAACAAUCUUUCCAUGUGGAACAGGCUCGGCUGUGCUUCGGGGGAAUCCAUCCGAGUUUUACCCAUGCAGCCAUUGCGGAAAGAACAAUCAUUGGGAAAUGCCUAUUCAAAAACGAUAACCUCAAGAUGAUUUUGAAGGCUCUGGAAAUGGACCUGGAGCCGGAUUUGGUUCUUCCCGAUCCGUCUCCCGAAUUUCGAAAGCAAGCAGCUCUAGGUCUUUUCUAUCGAUUUGUUCUCAACAUCGCACCCAAAAACACCAAGCUAGUGAAGUCCCAAUAUUUAUCUGGCAGCGUACCCAUCGAUCGACCUCUAUCAACGGGAUCCCAAUCAUACAGUACCAAUCCCAGGAAUUGGCCGUUGACAAAGUACGUCCCGAAGCUGGAAGCUCUAGCUCAGACAGCUGGCGAAGCGAAGUUUAUCAACGAUUUGCCAGAGAUGAAAGGUGAGCUUUACGCCGCUUUUGUGAUAGCUACGAAGCCCAAGACAAAGAUCUUGAGGAUCAAUCCAACGAAAGCGCUGGAAAUGGAAGGAGUUACGGCCUUUUAUUCAAGCGGGGAUAUUCCUGGGAAAAAUGAUUUUAUGGUGUUCAAGUACAAUGUCAAUCAUUUCUUCCCCGUUGGAGUAGAAAGUGAAGAAAUAUUUUGUAGUGGCGAAGUCUUGUUUCAUGGACAAGCUGUUGGGAUUAUACUUGCUGAAAGGUUUGAACUGGCCAAUAGAGCUGCAAGAUUCGUAGAAGUGGAAUACGGGAACCUUGCAGAGGAUCCAAUUUAUCCAACAGUGGCAGACGUUAUGGCGAACAACGCGAAAGAUCGAUUAUUCGAUGUUCCAAACGAGAGAAUCGGAUCAUCGUACUUAGCAACGAACAGGGGAAGCAAGACUAUCAAAGGAAAUUUCGUACUCUCAGGACAAUACCACUAUACGAUGGAAACGCAAACUUGCGUUUGUAUUCCAACGGAAGAUGGAAUGGAUGUGUACAGCUCUUCUCAAUCAUUGCACCAAGUUCAGGGCGCAAUAGCUCAGAUGCUUGAACUGCCUCAGAACCGAAUAAAUUAUUAUGUUCGCCGAAUUGGCGGUGCUUUCGGAGGUAAACUGACUCGAGCCACUCAAAUUGCUUGCGCAUGUGCUCUUGGGGCUUAUCUGACAAGAAGACCGGUUCGAUUCAUCAUGACAAUCGAAUCGAAUAUGACCUCUAUUGGCAAACGCCAGGGAUUGUGGACUGACUACGAAGUUUCUGUCAAUAGGCAAGGACAAAUAGCGAGACUCGAACAUAUUUAUAUUCAUGAUUCGGGUUGUAUAAAGAAUCCUUCUUUGGCGCCUUUCUCUUCACCGACGUUUAAAAACUGCUAUGAUGACAGUUCAUGGCGCACCAUUCCGAAAAUUGCAAUAACUGAUGUACCCGCAAACACCUACCUAAGAGCCUCUGGUUCAGCGGAAGCCAUUUGCACUACCGAAACUAUCAUGGAACACGUAGCUUUCGAAACAGGAAUCGAUGCUCUGAAGCUUCGAUUAAUGAAUAUGCAUGAAACAAGCAAAAUGCGAAAUAUGCUUCCACAGUUCAUAAAAGACGUUGAAUACGAAACUCGAAAGCAAGCAAUCAAACAGUUCAACAGCUCUAACCGUUGGCGUAAAAAGGGCCUUUCUAUUGUACCGAUUGCUUUUCCUAUAAUUUAUUUGGGAGGAUUUGAUGCUCUCGUAUCGAUUCACCAUUUGGAUGGAACAGUUUCCAUCACUCACAGUGGAGUAGAAAUGGGCCAAGGUAUCAAUACAAAGGCGGCACAAGUUGCUGCUUUCAUACUAGGAAUUCCACUGAACCUGAUUUGCGUGAAGCCAAUGAGCAGUAUAACUUCUCCUCAAGCAAACCUUGCUGGGGGAAGCUACACUAGUGAAAGUGUAGCAUUUGCCGUCCAAAAAGCCUGUGAAAUUCUUCGAGAGCGCAUUCAACCGGUACGAGGUAAGAAACCAAGUGCGUCCUGGGAAGCGCUUACCCAUGCAUGUUUUGCAGCCAACAUCAGCUUGACCGCAAGGUACGCUACCAAAGCUGCUGAGUUAGUACCUUAUACCGUAUGGGGCUUAGCUUGCAGUGAACUGGAACUGGACGUGCUAACCGGAUCCAUUCGCUUGCCUCGUGUUGACAUCCUAGUGGACGUUGGGGAGAGCAUGAGUCCGGGAAUCGACAUCGGUCAAGUGGAAGGUGCCUUCGUUAUGGGACUGGGAUACUUUCUGACCGAAUCCUUGGUGUACGAUAAAACCAACGGAGCACUCCUGAACAAUCGCGCAGCAAACUACAAACCACCGGGUCCGAAGGAUGUUCCAACCGAUUUUAGAUUACGAUUUCUGCAGGACUCAACGAACCCGGUGGGUAUCCUGGGGUCGAAAGCCAUCGGAGAGCCCACCUAUAUUUUGGCCGUCUCGGCGCUCUUUGCUCUACGUUAUGCCCUAGAAUCAGCUAGAGAAGAUGCCGGCCUUGAAAGAGAGUGGCUUCCUCUGGGUUCUGGCAUUACAGUGGAUAAAAUUUUACCUUUGACGGGAAAUACGAUCGAACAAUUCAAGCUGACAUGAUGGAAAAACUAGCAAUAUGGUUCUAAAUAAUAAAAAAAAACACAAAUCAUUUAAAUUUAUAAUAAACAUCUUUAUUUCCUAUAUAAAUAAUAUAACUAUAUGAAUACAAUCUAACAACAAGGAAAUUGAAAUUCGUCAGGUAUUUGAU